GGGUGAGGGUUUUACCCAGAAAGCCUCUUCAGAUGAGAAAGCAACCUCAACUUUGACACUAUUUGACUAGCCAGCAUCUUGUUGUUGUCCGAACCAGACAGAAACGGUCUCUUUUGCGCCGGUCCGCUGUUUUUUCUUUUUGUCUCAAAGUUCCCAUGUCAUUUGCCAGCAGCCGAUAGAGGGUGUGCUGUCCUCCUGGGAUCCUGCCUGAGCCCAGUCGCCCGGUAACCUCUCUGCCAGUUUUGAAACCAGCUCCGAAGGCAUCCAGAGUUUAGCGCACAUCUUGUUCUCCUCCUCAGAGGGCGGUUCCUUCCGUCUCCAAUGGUCUCACCUCCUAGCACAAACGUCACAGCAGAAGAAGGGACGUCCCCCUCACCCCAUCAGACCCCCGGCCUGCCGACUAUAGUACUAUUAUAGUUCAAGCAAAGGCUAAUUGUUGGUCAUUUACAAAGGCUGCACAGUCCGAGCCUUUCGGAUGGCAUUUCUGCCUCUCUCCGCUGGAGGACGAUGGCGCCGCUCGUAGUGUUUGCCCUCCUCUGCCUGUGCUGCUGGGCAUCUCUCUACUUCCUCUUGUGCGCCGUCAACGGCUCCAGGAGCCACGAGUGGAACUGUCGCCUCGUCACCUUGGUGCACGGCAUCGUGGCGAUUUGCAUCACGGCGUACAUAGGCUACGUGGACGGACCGUGGCCGUUCACCCACCCAGGCACCAAGAACACCCCUCUACAAAUAAGCGCCUUGGUGGUCAGUCUGGGCUACUUCGUCUUCGACAUGGCCUGGUGCGUGUACUUCCGCACCGAGGGGCCCGUCAUGCUGGCCCACCACACCAUGAGCAUCCUGGGCAUCCUGCUGACCCUGUGGCUGGGCGAGUCGGGCAUCGAGUCCUGCGCCGUUCUCUUCGGCAGCGAGGUCACCAACCCCCUGCUGCAGACGCGCUGGUUCCUCAAGCAGACGGGGCGCUACGAGACGGCGCUGGGGGACGCCGUGGACGUGCUGUUCGUGCUGCUGUUCGUGGCCAUGCGCAUCUUCGUGGGAGGCACAAUGCUGUACUGUGAGCUGAUCUCCCCGCGGCCCAGAUUCUUCAUCAAGUGCGGAGGGGUGGCCAUGUACGCGCUGUCCUGGGCCUUCAUGGUGGACAUCGCCCGCUUCGCCGUGCGGAAGAGCAGGAGCUGGCACCGGCAGAGAGUCCGAAAGGAGGUGGCUGCUGCUGCAGCUAACGGUCACGAUGGGAAGAUGGACUGACUGGCACCCAGACGGCAUCGGUUUACCUGACUUUAUGUCAGCUUUUUACUUCUGGCACUGAUCUCCAGCCUUCGGGGAAAAUCAGCUUUCUAAAUGGACAGAUUUCUAAAAGCUUUUAUUUUUUUUUCUUCCCUUAAACUGAUUAUAACCACGGCAUCUUUUUUUGUGUAGGCUAAUACAUUUCCGUUUUGUAGGAACUUGGUAUAUUUCCCUUCUUGCACCUGAAGAUUGUUACAUCCAAGGUGCCAAAACAUGUUUAUAAUGUGCGUGGAAAACCAAAGCACUUUUAUAAAAAUAAAAAUAAAAACACGUGUUGGUUUCAGCUGCUGUGAGCUGUGGCCCAGUCUGGUGCGGUGGUGCUGCUCCAGAAGGAGAGUUUACAGCUUAGAAAGUGACGCAGGGGGUGUUGGCUCCACAGGUUUUUGUCAAAGAAAAACCAUAAUGCUGCUUUCUGUGCUUUUUUUUUUUAAAUUGGAUUUUCCCCUCGCUCUAAGAGGAACGCAGCGCUUAUUUGAUGGGAUGUUGUACUUCAGUGGCUUUUUGUGUUAGCUAAAAUGAUCCCAAAAUAUAUAUAUUAAAAGUUUCACUUUGUAUUUUAAAAGCGUUAUUUCAGUCUAAUGUAGUUUAAAAAGAAAGCCCAGUGCAACUAAUUGAGACAAAAUGAAUUUUGUAACAGUGUAUUCCAAUGAACUGGCUUCCACUGAGUGAGAUAACUUCACUUCAGAUUCUUUUUAGAGCACCUAUGCAGUUGUUUUUUAGACAUCCUGGCUCAGAUUGCUGAGUGUCUGUAAGAGACAGCCUGCGUCCGCAAACACGAAGGGUGUGAGACAGAAGGUUUGGUCUUACUGCAUCGCCCCACGCCACGGAAGGUACCAAGCCAUCGACGUUCAUGUUUCUGUUUAGACUGUUUUAAUAUCUGUAUCAAGAGGAAUAUAAGGAUUUGUUCUUCUGCUCAAGGUGGAUUUUCGCAGCAGAAAUCAGCCUGUUACAACAGCUGGUUUGUUUGCGUCCUGGUUAUAUCGCAUAUUAUUAUAUUUUACAGACACUGCUUGUGCCUGACUGCCCCUGUCAAAAAAAAAAAAAAAAACUAAGAAAGUACAACAACAAAAGCCUUUCCUGUGCCUUAUCUAAAUCUACUGCCCUUUAUUUGUCUUGUUUUAUGUGUUGUUAUUCUUUUCCUCUCGUGCUGUAGUCUAAACGCCAGACUGUAAAAUGAAAAUAUUGGCGACUGGACUUUGUCAUAUGUCUUUGUAAUCCGUAUUUAAAUUAAUAAUAAUAAUUAUUAAAAAAAA